AUUCAACAAUCAUCCAUAUUUUCAUACAGCUUCUACCGAAGCUCUCUCUAUCUUUUCCUCUCUCUCUCUCUCGCAAUAAUCUAAACUGGGUCGUAAACCGGUUGAAGUAUCGGUAAAACUCAAUAUUUGAGUAUGAAUACCAAGAAGCUCGCUGAAAUGUUAACGAGGGUGAAGCCAUUCUUGGGGGUGAUAUUCAUGCAGUUCGGGUACGCCGGGAUGUCCAUCAUUGCAAAGUUUGCACUAGAUAAGGGAAUGAACCAACAUGUGUUUGUGGUCUAUCGUCAUAUCGUUGCCACUCUCGUUAUUGCCCCCUUUGCUCUUGCAUUUGAAAGGAAAAAGAGGCCUAAGAUGACUCUCUCCAUCUUCAUUAAGAUCAUGAUUCUUGGAUUACUAGAGCCGGUGAUCGAUCAAAACCUGUUCUACACGGGGUUGAAGUACACCACCGCGACUUUCACGUCCGCUAUGUGCAAUGUCCUCCCGGCCUUUGCCUUUAUCAUGGCUUGGAUUUGCCGGCUGGAGAAAGUGAGGUUGAAGAGGGUCCACAGCCAGGCGAAGAUUCUGGGGACGAUCGUGACCGUCGGUGGGGCGAUGUUGAUGACGCUGGUGAAAGGGAAGGUGAUUGAUCUGCCUUGGGCCCAUCACAGUGACACCUCAGCGUUAGCCUCUUCUUCUACGACCGGUCCUAAGCAGGACCCCAUCAAGGGUGCCUUAAUGAUCAUGUCAGGCUGUUUCUGCUGGGCUGCUUUUGUCAUCCUCCAAGCGAUAACUUUGAAAUCGUACCCGGUAGAGCUCACUCUCACAGCCCUGAUAUGCCUCAUGGGCUCACUGGAAGGCUCGAUUUUCGCGAUAGCCCUCGAAGGAGGAAUCUACAGGGCUUCUUGGGCCAUUCACUUCGACGCCAUCCUCUUAGCUUCCCUCUACAGUGGGGUGAUAUGCUCAGGGGCUGGAUAUUACAUCCAAGGAGUGGUCAUGAGGAGCAAAGGACCCGUAUUCGUGACGGCCUUCAACCCUUUGAGCAUGAUCAUCACUGCCAUUUUGGGUUCGCUGCUCUUGCACGAGACCAUGUAUUUGGGAAGGAUCAUGGGUGCGAUGGUGAUCGUGGUGGGGCUGUACCUGGUCCUCUGGGGCAAGAGAAAGGACCAGCCUACGACAGACAGCGGCAAAGCGGUUUCCUCUACUGAAUUAGAUGAUCAUAGAGGACCGAUUCCCGUGGCCAACCCCGGAAACAUAGAGAUUCCACAGUACGUGACCGUUGAUCUCACCAAGGUGAGGCCGACCAAUGAGGCUGUUUGAAAAAUUACGCGCUCAAAAUAAUGAGUCACCUUGACACGAUAUCGAUAUCCCUCCAGUUUUGUGUUCCAUGUCACUGAAUUUGGUUUAGCGCGCAGCAAAGGCCAUCAAAUUUGCUAUCGAACGAGAUGCUCAAUGUAUUGUUAUCAUGGCUUUUCCAUUGUAGUAUAAUGUAAUGUAUUUUAUUUCCUUUAGAUAUAGUGAUAAUGAAGAUCCCAUCCUUACGAUGAAACUUCGCAUUGUAGUUUUUGGAUUUCCAAUCUUAACAAUAACCUUAACCCGUUUGUCAACUUUUCGGGUUAAGAUUAUACAA